AUGCAUCUUCAAAGCUCCGAUCAUUUUGGGAUGAAUCUGGUGUUGAUCCAGCUGAAUGGUAACAACUUCCUACCAUGGAAGCGAGCUGUUCUCAUCGCACUAGGCGCGAAAAACAAGCUCGAUUUCGUCAACGGUACUCUUCUACCUCCUCAGGAAUCAGAUGAUUUUAAGAAAUGGAAAAAGGUGGAUUAUAUG